AGAAAAAUCUAAAAUUUGAUUCACUUUGAAGCUGGAGCUUUAAAAAACUUAGACAAAAUUACAUGUUGCAAUUCAAGUGUCAUGUGUUAAGCCAUUUAUCAGAUAGUUGAAGGUAACACAUAGUGUCAUUAACCAUGUAACAUUAUACGUACACGCAUAAAAUGAUUAAUAAAACUAUAGCAGAUAGCAAGGCCCUGGAAAAGAAAAAGAAAUAGUAAUUUAUAAAUACAUAUAACAACUGAGAAAAGGUAAUUUAUAAAUACAUAAAAAGAAAGAAUAGAAUAAAAGCAAAAGGGGUUGUGGGAAAAAAAUAAACAAUUUUUUCUUGAAGAAUAGCAAUAAUCAGCACCACAGCAUAUAAGCAUCAAAUUUCAGAUCAAUCACUCAAAAUAAAGCAAUAGCCAUGUCCGUUUGUAAGGCAGAAAGUUACAACCUCUCCUAAAAUCAAACACAAAAUGGAACCCUUGUUAUACAGAUAGAUGGAUGCCAUAGACAAUCUCUCAGCAUCCACACUAUAUUUAGCCACAACUGCAUUAUACGUACAGGAAAGAAGAAUGUGAAGUUUCAAAGAAAGAGGCAAAAUGAAGCCUGCAUUAAAAGAAUACAUCCUACUCCCUUUGAUUGAUUUGUUGUCCCCAUCAAUCUUCCCUCUCCCAGGCGCAUUUCUAAGUUUUUAGUCUUUAUCCUUAACUUCUUUAUGGAGUUCAAGUCUUUUAACAAUUUGUCCACUCAUUUUCUUUGAUGACUUUUUGCUGCCAAAGUAGAAGGGUUAACGUAUGUAUUGUGCUACAUGUGUUAUUAUUUCUCCACCGUGAACCCCAAGAUAAGGCAAACACUCAUUCUAGUGUCAAUGUUUGGUUAUUGGUUGGAAUGGUUGAAAUAACUUCACAUAAGCUGGAAAAAUAAAAGUAGUGGUUCACUUGCUACUUGACUGGACUUUACUUCGUAUGAUAUCUAAGUCAUUGUGGGGCCUAUAAUGGAAUUCAGACAAGAUGAUUUUAUCAUAAAGAAAUCAGAAUUCGAAGACUUUUAUGAUUCCCCACUUCUUUACUAUUGUAUAUACUUCCCUUGAAGUUCUCCUUGGUCAGGGAAUGUCACUGAACACAAGCAGCCAAAUAACCAACAAAAAGAUUAAUCGAUUGAUGAGUCUAUCCCACAUGGGCUUAACACUGCCCUGCACAAUGCUCUGCAUCUAUACAAGCAUCUUUCUUCUCUCUUUCUUUGCAUCAACUACCACUGACUUUCUUUCUCUAGCAACUUCUAUAGCAAGUCGAAAUGAAACAGAUCAACUUGCAUUGCUGAAUCUCAAGGCCAAAAUAACUGAUGAUCCCUUUGGGGUUUUUAGCUCAUGGAAUGCUAAUACUCAUUUCUGCAAGUGGUAUGGUGUUGCAUGUGGUCGCCGACAUAGGCGAGUUACCAUUUUGGACUUAAGUUCCUUGAAACUUGCCGGUUCCAUAUCUCCUCAUGUUGGAAAUUUGAGCUUUCUGAGGGUAUUAAAUCUUCAAAAUAAUACCCUUAGUCAUGAAAUUCCUCCAGAGAUCGGCCGUUUACGCAGAUUACAAGAAUUAAGGCUGACUAAUAAUUCAAUUGGUGGAAAAAUUCCUUCAAAUAUAUCUAGUUGCUCUAACCUUAAUUAUUUCCAUCUUGGCGGAAACCAUCUGACAGGAGAAAUCCCCGGUGAGUUCAGCUCGUUGUUAAAGCUCGUAUACUUUGCUGCAUAUCAAAACAAUCUAACAGGAGGCAUCCCUUCUUCUUUUGGAAACUUGUCAUCUCUUAAGCUACUUUCUCUGAAUGAAAAUAGUUUGGGAGGAAGCAUUCCUGAUGCCCUAGGCCGAUUGUCAAAUCUUGCUCACUUGUUGAUGAGGAAUACUGGAUUGUCCGGAAACAUCCCUCCAUCUAUCUUCAAUCUCACUUCUCUUCUACACAUCAUGGUUGGACAUAACCAAAUUCAAGGGAGUCUUCCAUCCAAUUUGGGCAUCACUCUUCCUAACAUUCAAAUCCUUGAUAUCGCCUUUAACCAAUUUACUGGGCCUAUUCCUGCUUCAAUAUCCAAUGCCUCCAACCUGAUAUUACUUCAGUUUCCUGAAAACAAACUUACAGGACAAGUUCCUUCAUUAGAAAACCUGCCUAUGUUUGAAAUGUUGAGCAUCAGUGGCAAUCAUCUUGGAAGUGCAGGUAUCAAUGACUUAAAUUUCCUGUGCUCUUUGAUAAAUGCCACCAAGUUUCGAAUCUUGGCCAUAAAUCGCAAUAGAUUUGGAGGGAUUUUUCCUGAAUGCAUCAGUAACUUGUCAACUACUACUAAACUUUUUUACGCAGAUAACAAUCUGAUAUUUGGAAGCUUGCCAGCUGGGGUAAGCAAUCUUGUCAAUCUUGAAGAAUUUGACAUGUGGAACAACCAGUUAUCAGGUAACUUACGCCAUUCUCUUGGAAAGUUACAAAAGCUAGUGUUUCUGCAGUUGGGUCGGAACAAAUUCUCAGGAGAAAUCCCUUAUUCUCUAGGCAAUUUGACGCUGUUAACACACCUGAAUUUAUAUGACAAUAACCUUCAGGGCAACAUUCCUUCAAGUUUGGGUAAUUGUCAAAAUUUGUUAGCAGUUGAUAUUUCAAGAAAUAGUCUUAGCGGCACCAUUCCCCAAGAAAUUACUGAUAUCUUGUCCUUAUCAAUCUAUCUUGACCUGUCUCAGAAUCAUUUGAUAGGUUCUGUUCCUAUCAAUGUUGGAAAUUUGAAAAACCUUGGAGAGCUAUCCUUAUAUGAUAAUGUGUUGUCUGGGGAAAUUCCAAGCACUCUUGGCAGCUGUAUAAGAUUGGAAAUCUUAAAACUGCAGGGAAAUUCUUUUCAAGGGCCUAUUCCUGCUUCCCUGAGUUCAUUGAGAGGUCUUCAAGUUAUGGAUUUUUCUCACAACAAUUUUUCAGGAAAAAUUCCUGAAUUUUUGGCUACCUUUUAUUUUCUUCUUUAUUUGAACAUAUCUUUCAAUGAUUUUGAAGGCGUAGUUCCAAUGAAAGGAGUUUUCGAAAAUGCAAGUGCCACUUUCAUUGUGGGAAAUAACAAGCUUUGUGGAGGAAUACCUCAGUUCCAUUUACCUGUGUGCAACUUCAGAAAGUCUGUGAAUAGGAGACUGACAGUUAAAUUAAAGGCAAUUAUUUCUACCAUGGCAGGCCUUAUAGGGACAGCUCUGAUAUUGUCUUUCAUGUUUAUCUUGAGGUUCAGAAAGAAAAAUCAGUCUCUUCCUUCCUUGACUUCAGGAAAUUCACUUUUGAGAGUGUCCUACCGAAAUCUCCAUGAUGCUACAAAUGGCUUCUCCUCUACAAAUUUAAUCGGUUUUGGCAACUUUGGUACUGUAUAUAAAGGAAUUCUUGAGCGAGGAGGGCCAACUAUGGCGGUUAAGGUGCUUAAUCUACAGCAUCACAAAGCAGAGAAAGGCUUCAUGGCUGAAUGUGAAGCAAUGAGAUGUAUCAGACAUAGAAACCUUGUGAAGCUGGUAACUGCAUGUUCAAGCAUAGACUAUCAAGGCAAUGACUUCAAGGCUUUGGUAUAUGAGUUCAUGGUCAAUGGAAGUCUAGAGGAGUGGUUGCAUCCGCCUAUCACAGAAGAUGGCAACCAUGAGGCGCCAAAACAUUUAAAUCUUCUUCAGAGGGUAAAUAUUGCUAUUGAUGUUGCGUCUGCACUUGAAUAUCUCCAUCAUCAUUGUGAAAACUCAAUUAUUCACUGUGAUCUCAAGCCAAGCAAUGUUCUUCUGGAUGAUGAAUUGACUGGCCAUAUCAGUGACUUUGGGCUAGCAAAAUUCCUUUCAGAGGGCAUUCUCAAUCCUUCUGUUAAUCAAUCAAGUUCUAUUGGCUUAAGAGGAACCAUUGGUUUUGCCCCUCCAGAAUAUGGUUUAGGAAGUGAUGUGUCAACAAAUGGUGAUGUGUACAGCUAUGGCAUUCUCUUGUUGGAGAUGUUUACUGGGAAGAGACCCACUAGUGACUUGUUCAUAGAAGGUUUAAACCUUCACAAGUUUGUUAAGUUAGUUUUACCAGAUGGAGUAGCAGAGAUUGUAGAUCCAAUUCUCCUUCAAGAAAGAAGUGAACCAGAUCCAAAAAGCAAAGGAACUAAUAGAAUUAUGGAAUGUUUGAUUCUGAUAUUUCAAAUUGGAGUUGUUUGUUCUGCAGAAUUGCCAGGAGAGAGGAUGAGCAUCGUUGAUGUGGUCUCAAAGCUUUGUUCUAUCAGAAAUAAGCUUCUUGGAACUCGUUUACACUAAAUUCCACAGUUAACUCAUGAGAAAGGAAAGCGCCCUUGAGUAAGCAGGGACAGAAGGUUGAUGGCUUAUCUAGGAAGUGUCAUUGGUUCUCCCGCCAAGAAUGUGAUGUUAAGAAGAGAGGUUAAAGAUAAGCAAAUAAUUAUUUUUCACUUAUUAACCUUUAGUAUAGAGAUUGCCCUACCUAGAUAGUUGUAUCUUGAGUAUGAAAUGCUGGUAAUCUAAGCAAAAGAAAUAAUCAUAAUAAUUUGAAUGGUACAUGAAUGAUUUCUGAAGUUUGUUUGGUUUUAAAUAAAUUUUGUAUAAUUUUUAUGAGAUGACCAAGGAUUGUGUUAUGUCAAUGGGCUGUAGUAUUUAUACUGCAGGCUUUAUUGGGUGCUGACUAUAUUAUAAUUAUAUUUAUGUGGACUAA